GAAAUUGUAGGUUAAGUCCUUACAACCUAAGAUAGCAAGAUCCUCUUUUUAGCCGUUUCAGAUGAAAAUUAGAUUUUUUUACCGUCUGUCUGAAUAAAUCGCCUGCGUUAAACCGAGGAAAAUUACAUAUAUAAAGGGGAGAAAGAAGGGAGAGAGAGAGAGAGAGGAGAGAGAGAGGGGGUCCUCAAAGAUUAUGCUCCAAAGCCAAAGCCCAAAGCCUUUGCUUUGAUUUUGCAGAGAGAAUCCAAAGGAUUUCUCAAACAAGAACACAACUCUGCAGUUCUCUUUCACACACAAGCUUAAAUACAGAUAGGAAAAGAAAAAGAAAAAGAAAAGAAAAAGAAAAGAAGAAACACGCACACACACACAAACACAAAGAAAGAAUUGCAGACAUGCAUAUAUAAAGAAAGAAAUUGGGUAGUUUUUCUCUGUGCUUAUCCAAUACUCAUCUUUAUUUUGUGAGUUGUGAUGUUAGGCUGUGGUGAAUUUUUCCUCCCUUUUUUCUUGGACUGUUUGAUAGAUCUAAUUUUGAUGGGUGUGGAGUGUUUUAGGCUAAUAAGGAAAGCAAGAAAGAGGAUUUGCAUCCAUUUUAAGUGAGGAAAUUGUUGCUCCUUUUGGGGGGUUUGCAUCCAAAGAUAUGCUGGAAGAGCGGGCUUGUUUGGUGUCGAGGGACUAUUCACGUAGUUGUGACCGAAAAGGCAGCUGGCCUUACGCGAGUUUGAGGUUGGAGCAGGCCGAGAUUCAGCAGACGAAGCGGCCACUAGAGGAGAUAAAUAGGGGUGAGGAGAUUGAACUUGGUGUUAGGAAACUGCCUAAGCGAUCCUUUGAUCAAAUGGAUUCUGCUACGCCGAUUGGUGGGAUAGUAAAUGCGGCCUUGGCCCAAUCCGAGCAGUCUAGGAGUAGGCGGCACGCAGGUGAUAACUCUAACAUGAGCUCAUUAAUUGGUGCCAUUGGUCGUGACCUCUCCAUUAGUUGCCUGAUCAAGUGCUCGAGAGCUGAUUAUGGGGCGAUUGCAUCUUUGAAUCGGAGCUUCCGAUCGCUCGUUAGAACCGGGGAGCUGUAUAGGUUGAGGAGGCAGAACAAGGUGGUGGAGCAUUGGGUUUACUUGUCCUGCCAGCUGUUGGAAUGGGAGGCUUUCGACCCUAACCGUCGCAAGUGGAUGCGCUUGCCAAGAAUGGACCCUAACGAUUGUUUCGUGUUUGCAGAUAAGGAAUCUCUCGCGGUUGGCACCGAGCUUCUUGUUUUCGGGAGGGAUCUCAUGUCCCACGUGAUCUACCGUUACAGCUUGCUAACGAACACGUGGACUACGGGGAUGAGAAUGAACGCGCCCCGGUGUUUGUUCGGGUCUGCCAGCCUCGGGGAAAUCGCCAUAUUGGCCGGAGGCUGCGACUCGAACGGCAACGUCCUCAGCUCCGCGGAGCUCUACAACUCUGAGUCGGGAACAUGGACAACGCUCCCGAGCAUGAACAAGCCGAGGAAGAUGUGUUCCGGGGUGUUCCUCGACGGGAAAUUUUACGUCGUCGGAGGGAUCGGAGGAGCGGAAAACGUGCUUCUCACGUGUGGAGAGGAGUACGACUUGGACACUCAUACCUGGACUGAGAUACCUAACAUGUCCCCGGUGCGUACGGGCGCGGCAAGGGACAACGAACCGCCUGCUACGUCCGAGGCGCCACCGUUGAUUGCUGUUGUAAAUAAUCAGUUAUACGCUGCGGACUAUGCGGAUAUGGAGGUUCGGAAAUACGACAAGGAUAACAGGGUGUGGGUGACAGUCGGGAGAUUGCCCGAACGCGCUGAUUCUAUGUAUGGCUGGGGUUUAGCAUUUAGGGCAUGUGGAGAUCGGCUCAUGGUUAUCGGGGGUCCUCGAAACGCUGGCGAAGGUUUCAUCGAGGUCAAUUCUUGGGUUCCUAGCGAAGGUCCGCCGCAGUGGCAUCUGCUGGAUAGGAAGAGGUCUGGCAGUUUUGUGUAUAAUUGUGCUGUGAUGGGCUGCUGAAUGCAUACAACCGGUUGCCGGAGAAAUGGUCGAGCUCGACGCGCUGCUUCAUGGCUAAUGGGGUAAUUUAUCGAAAGUUUUUAUAUUUACUUCUUUUGAAUGGGAGGAGGAUAGGAAGGAUUAUCAGAUUUUACUCAAGAUUCAAUUGAAUGUUUUCUUUGAAAUAGUCCUAAAACUACAGUUUCUCUUUUUUCUUUCUUUCUUUCCAUUUUGUUCAAUUUUUUUCUUACUUUGUAUGAUCUUCUCCCAUCAAAUAACAUGAUUUUUCAUA